CAAGGGGCCACAUUAGCCGAUGACUCUCACCUAUAACAGCGAAAGGAUGAUGAAUCUAAUGCCGGGCCGACCUUUAUGCAGUCAGCCUCAUCCUAGUCGAUACGAGCGGGCCUAUGAGAGAGAGUUCUAACAACGUCUCAGCUGAAAAUCGUCAAUUCGCAAUUCGCAAACAAUUAAAACAAUUCAUGAUGUUCGCACCUUAUUUCCGCUAUAAAAGCUUCUGCGCAACUGCGCCCUUCCGCAGUUUGGUCUAGGUUGCUUUCACCAGCAUAAACCACCAUGUUGAACCUGGACUACACCAUUGCCAAUCUCCAGGGCAAGACGAUCCUCGUCACGGGCGGAGCCUCGGGGUUUGGGGCCGCCUUUGCCACUCGCUGGGCUGCAGCUGGCGCCCAGGUCAUCAUUGGGGACAUCAAUCCCGCCGGAGAGACGGUCGUUGCGCAGAUUCGCUCCGACUCCUCCAAUGAGAACGUGCAUUUCAUCCAUCUCGACGUGACAUCAUGGGCCUCCCAAGUCAACUUCUUCCGACAGGCGGUACAGCUCAGCCCGCACGGGGGGAUUGAUGCCGUCGUGGCCAAUGCUGGCGUCAACGACCGGGACGAGGCGAGACGACUCGAGUCUCCCACCGUGGAUUACGCGAAUGACCCCAACCCCCCAGCGCCCAGCAUGAAGACGGUCGACAUCAAUCUGACGGGGGUUCUGUAUACGGUUCACCUGGCCCAGUGGUACCUCCCUAGGAAUCCCGAGUCGCUACCCUGCUCCGAAACCGGGCAGACAGCUCCGAGAGAUCGCCAUAUCCUUCUAAUGGGCUCCACGGCGAGCUUGCACCCUUUCAUCACCCAGGCGCCCUACACGAUCACGAAACAUGCGGUCUUGGGCCUGUUCCGCUGCCUGCGCGUCACCGCCCCCGUGUCGGGCGGAAUUCGCGUCAACAUCAUCUGCCCCUAUUUCACCGACAUUGGCAUGUUGAAUGGGCCAGGUCGCGUGAUAUUAGCUGGGGUCCCUAUCGGGCAGCCGGAAGAUGUGGUCGAGGCAGCCACCUAUCUCAUGGCCAACCAGCAAUGCAGCGGGCGCUCCCUGGUCACUGGCCCCCGGUUGAAGCUGGACCUUCCCGACCGUGCGUACUUGACCCGAGAUUCUGUCGAGGAGGCUGUACAGUAUACCAUCGAUGGCGGGGAGGAUUUCGAGAAGGGAGUCUGGGAGUGCCAAUUGCACGAUGUGGAGACCACGGACGUCUUCACCGACCGGAUGUUGAAGGUUGUGAAAACAGUGGUGGCCGCUCGGGGAUGGAUUGGCUGGGCCAAGGGGAUGGCUGGGGCGUUGCUUUGGCCACUGACGAGGAAGUCGCCUAAGUGAUCCCUACCGACAUAGUUGAUACUAGGUACUUAAUAUACUUGAUAAGUU